CCCCUAGAAUCGUAAACGGUUACUCUGAGAGUGAAACUCAUUUGGGUAGCUACCCAAUAGCAGGUGAUGUUGCAUAAUUGUAUAUGCAUUGUGCAACAUCACAAAUGAAUCGUUGGAAUUGGCUCUUGAGAUACACCAUUUCUAAACUUGAAGUAAGUUAACAAACUCACCACAACUCACACCAAAGUCCCGUCCAACCAGCUACCAGGACCACUAUAUCCAGACUCCUCAUUUCUACACUCUAGCAAUUUGCUUCGUUCCCGUGCAGCUUAUUUGAAUGAAGUGAACUCGACCCUUAGCUCCAGCAUACUGCAGCACAACUUUAGGAUCUGCAUGCCAAUGGUGAAAGAGUAUUUCGAAAGUAUUAAUAAGCUAACCAUGGUUUGGCAAUCCAAGUUGUCUGCAUACAAUAAUAGCAGCAUUAUCAUUGAUUUCUCUAUCAAAAACUGUGCCCCAGACUCCUUUGUAACAGAGCCCAACUCUCCCUACAUAAUCACUCUCUUUAUCUUCUAGCCUAACGUCCCCAUCAGUGCAGACGGCUCUAGCUGGAAGAAUCUUGAGGUUUAUACAUUAUAGCUAUAGCUAUAUCUCUUACCUGCUGCAUACUUGGCUAUUAGCAGGAUAAAACAAAUCGUGACAGAUACUGAUGCAUUCAUCUCAGUGUGACUACGCAAUAAAAACUGCUCUUCCUUACAUCUCAAACUGUGAUUGUGUCAGUACAAUGAUGUAUUUAGCCUAUUACGUAAUGCUUAAAUAAACAUCAAUCUCAAACAUCACAGUUAGGCCAUCAGACACGUGACCAUGAAUUGCCAGAAAAUGACCCUAGCUUUAUAUCUGUACAGGCAAGUUAAUACAGGGCCAUCGAACUAACAUUGCGAAGGAAUCCCUGCGUACGAAAAAGGUGACUGCUCAAGAAACUUUGACCUGCUCUUCGUGAGCAGAUAUGUAGCUAAGCACAUGCAUUGAGCACUUGAUAUUCCAUUGUAUAUACCUAUAAUUAGCUAUACCCCUCUUGCCCCCACAUGCAUUGACACAUGAUGCAAUAAGAGACCAAAGAUAACUGCACUGUUUUUCUGUGACGCUGGGGGGAAUUGACAGAACAUAGAAAUGUAACCUACAAUUGCUGCAAUGCUGCAAGCACACACGGAAUUAAAAGCAACAAAAAUGAUAGCAAGUAAACAGGUAGUUAUGCUGGGAAUAAUAUCCUGUAUGGACCGGAACCAUUUCACUCGCAGGACUUGAUGGAGUUCGAAGUAACGAGUAGCCUCUUCAUCUCCUGGUUCAGUGUCAUUCGGAGGAGCAGUAGAGGACUUAGAGCUAAUUCCCACCACCAAACAAGCUGGUCACUCAUGCCGCGAUAAACACGGAAGUGUUUGGAAUUGUUUUGGCUGAUGUUUCUGUUACUAGUUUUGUUCUACCUAAGCCACACAUAAACCUUUACCUUAUUACUACUUUUCAUCAUGGUGCUUUGAAUUAUUACAGAGCAGUGAUGACCUGGUAGAAAAGUGCAUUUACUAACCUUCCAGCUUUUGAUACACUGACUUCCCAUCCCACCAAUAAUAAACCUGUGAGGUGACAAUCUACAGGAGUAUCUCACCUAUUAAUAUAUAGUUCGGGGCCCGACAAUAAUACAACAAUGAAAGGGGGAGGUGCCGCCGGCCGAUUAACAAGGCGGCGGGCGCCGGGCCGUCACAUGAUCUCAGGGGUUAAAUAAAUAUGGCCGAGCGUCGCACAGGGGACAAUCCUGAUUCUUCCGAGGCCGACCUCCUGCAGAUUGUACCCACGGCAGCUCCACGAGGUGGCGGUAAAGGAAGCAGCGGAGGAUACGACUGUGAGCUGGUGGAACUGCCUCCAGCGGCCUUCCAGACGGCCUGUCCCGUGUGCCACCUCUUUCUCCGGGAGCCUCACCUCAUCAGCUGCUGCGGACAGAAGAUAUGUCGCCAGUGCCUCGAUCCGGACAACCCGGAAAAGACAGCUUGUAAACUAUGCGGGGAGCCCGAGUUCACCCACCUCCAGGACCGUGGGCUCGAGAGGUCCAUGAAAGAGCUGGAGGCGAGGUGCACCUACAAGAAGGAAGGCUGCGAAUGGUCUGGGAAGCUGGGGGAGCUUGAGCUGCACCUGAACAGGGGUUGUGAUCCCGAGAAUCAGCCUCGGGAGUGCCAGUUUGUGGGAGUGGCCUGCCAGUACAGGUGUGGGGAGUGGUUCCAACGACGUCACAUUGCCGCUCACGAAUCCAAGCAGUGCCCAAAGCGACCGUACACCUGUGACCAUUGCCAAACCUAUAAGGCUGUGUAUGAUGAUGUGGUACAAAACCACUAUUCUCAGUGCAAAAAAUACCCCGUAGCUUGCCCUAAUAAAUGCCGAGAAUUUCCGUUCGAACGACACCAACUGGAGACCCAUUUCCAGGAAGAGUGUCCCCUGGUUCAAGUUGUAUGCCCGUAUCAGUAUGCUGGCUGCAAGGCAGAGCUAGUUCGCAAGGACGUACUGCAGCACAUUGAGGUGGAGACUUCACUCCACCUAACACUGCUGGCCACAGUUACAGAGAGUCUUGUGAAGACCAGCCAAGAGUUGAGGGGAAAUGUGGGCCUUGUACACGAACUGAACGUCAAACAAGUGUCCAUGAUGACCGAGUGUAGCUCUAAGCACCAGCAACUAGAACAAGCACACGGACGAGCCCUGCAGGAGCUAAACAGACACAUUGUCCAGCUAACAGCGACCGCUGAUGUUUUGGUUAAGGAGAAUAAGGAGCUACGUGAGGAGAAAGAUCGGGAGGUUCGUGAGCUCAUGAAGAAGCUAUCUGCUGCGCAAGAAGGAAUUGAAAAUCUCAAAGAAGAAGUCAAGACACUGAAGGUGGACACUGUUCAACACUCAGAGUUUCCAAAAGAGUUUCGCGUGAAAGUGACAAGCAUUGACAUGAUUACGCCGGCUUUUUACACGCAUCCCCACGGCUACAGAAUGUGCCUGCGCGUGUGUCCCAAAGGAGUCACAGGAGACGAGACCCAUGUGGCGGUCUAUGCAUACCUAAUGCAGGGUCCGUUUGAUAAGCACCUUCACUGGCCGUUCAUGGGGGACAUAACAGUUCAGUUGGUGAACCAGGCUGGGGACCACGGCCACGUGGAGAGGGUCAUCCGCUUCACCGACAAGACUCCAGAUAGACACUCUCGUCGAGUGAAAGGAAAGGAGGUGUCGGAGAGUGGUUGGGGAAAAAAGUAUUUCCUGGCCCAUGAAGACUCUCUGGUACAACGCCCUCAAGGAAACCCAGUAUCUGAAAAACCACCACAUUGUAAUUAGAGUUGUGAAAAUCAUAAUUAUGUAAUUGUACAUGUGAUGCAUUGUUGUUUA